CCAACCUCACCACCGACCUCCUCAACUCAAACUCCCCCCCUUGCCACAAUGGCGCAGUCCGACAGCCCAUGCCCUGCAGCGCCGGCGCUGUUCCACCCCGCUCCCUAGCGCCGGUCGCCCCGGUGAGGAUCACGAGCCCCCGACGACUCCCUGCCCGUAGAUUUUGCUCCAAUUCCAAAUCCCAGCCCGCAGAAGGCCCUCCAGAUGUCUGAUUCCUCGGAGCCCUCGAAAGAAGGUUCUUCAGCCAAUGGUUCCAGUGCUCUCCAAAAAACUGGAGCCUGGAGUAGCAUAUUGAGCACUCUUGUCCAGCAAGCUUCAGUGUAUGGCUUGGCUGCUGGCUAUUGCCUGUCAGCAUCUUUGCUCUCCAUUAUCAACAAAUGGGCAAUCAUGAAAUUUCCGUACCCUGGGGCACUGACAGCUCUACAGUACUUGACCAGUGUUGUUGGAGUUCUCCUAUGUGGACAAGCAAAGCUUAUUGAGCAUGAUGGCCUUAAUUUCGCAACCAUGUGGAAGUUCUUACCUGCUGCUGUGAUGUUCUACAUCUCCAUCUUCACAAACAGCGAACUCUUGCUGCAUGCCAAUGUGGACACUUUCAUUGUGUUUCGCUCUGCUGUGCCAAUAUUUGUGGCCAUCGGAGAGACGUUGUACCUUCACCAACCAUGGCCGUCAUUCAAGACAUGGCUUUCACUAUCCACCAUACUUGGUGGAAGUGUGAUCUACGUUUUCACAGACAACCAGUUCACUGUGACUGCUUAUAGCUGGGCAGUGGCCUACCUAGCGAGUAUGUCCAUUGAUUUCGUAUACAUCAAGCACGUUGUCAUGACCAUUGGCCUGAAUACAUGGGGCCUUGUGCUUUACAACAAUCUUGAGGCCUUGAUGCUGUUCCCCAUUGAGCUCCUUGUAAUGGGAGAGUUCAGUCAGAUGAAGGUCGACAGCUCUAAGAUGACAAACUGGCUGUCAUUCGACAUGAUUCUUCCGGUUGCUUUGUCGUGCCUUUUUGGGUUAGCAAUAUCCUUCUUUGGGUUCUCCUGCAGACGGGCUAUCUCAGCUACUGGAUUUACGGUCCUUGGUAUAGUAAACAAGCUCCUCACUGUCGUGAUUAAUCUGCUUAUCUGGGACAAGCAUUCAUCCCUUGUGGGAACAAUUGGGCUGUUGAUCUGCAUGUCUGGUGGUGUUCUGUACCAGCAAUCCACCACAAAGCCCAAGGCACCAAAUUUUGAGCCGAAGGAAGAGAAUGAUGAGGAGGAACAGAAGUUGCUUGAGAUGCAGCAAGGGCGUGACAUCAGUUCAACUGUAGAGCAUUCCUCAUAAGCCUCAUCGCUGAAGUUUGUUAUUGAUACUUCACUUCUGGCAACAGCUUGCGUGGACCAUUGGAAAGAAAUGUUUAUCUACAGGGCAUAGUUGAGAUUAGUUAGGAAAUGCAGAGGAACCUCAGUAUCAUUCUACGAUUCUUUUUUGUUAUUGUUUAUCGUUUUCGUUUGUUGGAGAGAAUCGCUGAGCUCUAGGGCCUGAUCCCUGAAUGCAGAUCAUAUACAGUAGACAUUUCCUUAUUUAGUUAUUUUAUCAUUUUCUUUCUUUUCUCUUAGUUGUUAGCAGUAGCGGUGGCACAUUGAGUGGAAAACAUAUUGUAUGUUCGUACUGUAAUGGACUACCUUUUUGGCGAGCCAUCACCCCAUGCACUGUC